AUGAUUAAAGGAGAGCGCUUGGGUACGUUACUGCCAGAGGAACAUGACGUCUGUAGCACUGCUGGUCUGUUUGCCAGUCACUACACAGAAACACACUACCUGAAAGAUGGCAGCGCGGUCACCGGCUCUCACAACCUCACGACGAACUGCUAUUACCAUGGAAUGGUGCAGGGACACAUCUAUUCUGACGUCACCCUCAGUACCUGCUCAGGUCUCAGUGGCUUCAUCUCACUAGAAAACAGAUCCUACGUGUUGGAGCCGUCAACUGAUCCCUCCAGUGGAUCCCACAGGAUCUACCGGUCAGAACAGCUCAACCUCACACCUGGCUCGUGUGGCCAUGGCUUCAACAUAUCUCUGGUUCAUGGAGACACCCAGAACAGCCAAUCAGACAGCCCCUUCGGAGCCUUCAGCACCAGGCAGAGGAGACAUACCCAGAGCAGCACCAAGUAUGUGGAGCUAAUCAUCGUAGCUGACAACAGAGAGUUCCAGAAACAAGGGAAGGAUGUGGAGAAGGUCAAACAGAGGCUGGCUGAGAUCGCCAAUUACGUGGACAAGUUCUACCGUGCCCUGAACAUCCGUGUAGCUCUGGUGGGGUUGGAGGUGUGGAGUGACCAGGACAGGUGCCCAAUCACCCCAGACCCCUUCACCACCCUGCAUGAGUUCCUGGACUGGAGGAAACUCAAACUGCUGCCCAACAGGCCCCACGAUAAUGCACAGCUAGUCAGUGGGGUGUUCUUCCAGGGUACCACCAUCGGCAUGGCACCCAUCAUGAGCAUGUGUACAGCAGAGCAGUCUGGGGGCAUCGUCAUGGAUCAUUCGGACAACCCCCUGGGAGCAGCGGUUACUCUGGCCCACGAACUCGGGCACAACUUUGGAAUGAACCAUGACACCCCAGAGCGGGGGUGUGGCUGCAGGGUGACGGUGGACCGAGGAGGCUGCAUCAUGACCCCCUCUACAGG